AUGUGGAAACACUUACUUUCAGGAGGUUUAAAAGUUGAACAACAAAAUGCUUCUGCCAAAAAAUUAAUCCUUUCUGUUUUGAAUUCAACGGCAACCAAACGUGAAGCUAGAGAUUACCUUACAAAAUACACAAGAUCAGAUGAUUCAAAACAAUUGAAUCAUUGUCUUCUAUUAAUACGUCAUUUGAAUUCGUUAAGGCAACAUGAAAUAUCAGAAUUGACCAGUACAGUUAAAAAAUUAGGAAUGUUGGGCUUAAGGCCAAUUUUUGUGAUACCCCCAUCUCGUCACAUUGCUAAACAAGCUGAAAUAUUAGAUAUAAUCACUACUUUAGCAGGAUUCAGACCUUUACAAUUACAAAAUUCUUUAUCUCAAUCAAUUGACGGGACUUAUACUUCAAUUUUAUCUUCACAAAAUGCUAUUUUGAAUAAUCAUGAGUUAGAAGUAGUACCUAUUUUAAAACCUUAUGUUUACAGAGAAAAGGAUGCGUCUGAAUUUCUGACUAAUGAUUUUACAAAGUUUAUGCAAAACCUUUGUAAAGGUAAUAAUACUCAUAUUGAUAAAUUUUUCAUCCUAAAUAGAAUCGGAGGAAUACCUUCAAAUGAAAGAAAUGAAAACUCUCAUGUAUUUGUAAAUUUGUCACAAGAAUAUGAUUGUUUAAAAAAAGAUCUGAAAGGUCAAGUCGACCUAUUAAUUGAAAGAAGACCACGUACAGAGUCAUUAUUGCAUAAAUUAGAAUUGCAUUUAAAUGAGGAUGCAAUCAAUACCUUAGAAAAUCAAUUUAAAGAGCAUUUACAAGAUUUAGAAAUGAUGAAUGUAGUUUUAUCUAACCUAUCUUCUUCUGCCACUGGGUUAAUCACUACUAUUGAAUCGGCGGCAUCUUCAUCAGAAAAGAAAAAUCCGCUGAUUUAUAAUAUUUUAACCGAUCGAUCUCUAAUUUCCUCUUCACUACCAAGGUUCAAAAAGAUUAGACAUACUCCUCCUUCUGGAAGUAGACCAGCCAAGAAAUUUCAUAGAAUGACUUAUUUGGAAGACUACCAGCAACUAGAUAAGUCAUCACCUCCGGACUCCGCCCUAGUAACAACCGUUUUCAAAAAAGGUAUCGAUAUUAAGAUAUUCGACUAUCCAAAACUAACUCAAUUCAACUCUCUGUCAUUACCUGUAGAAUUCCGUGUUAAAGAUAGUCCUCAAACAAAUCCCUUACAUAAAAUCGAUCUUUCUAAAUUGAAAGGUUUAAUCGAUAGAAGUUUCAAAAGAUCCUUAAAUCUAAAUCAUUAUUUGCACCGUAUUAAUGGUAAUAUAGCAUCUAUAAUUGUAAUAGGAGAUUAUGAUGGCAUUGCUAUUUUAACAAACGAAGGACCCAACGAUAACCCGUUUGUCUAUCUCGAUAAAUUUGCAAUUUCUCCAGAAAUGAAGGGUUCUUUGUGUAUUUCAGAUAUCAUAUUCAAUUUAAUGGUCAAAAAAUUUCCAAAAGAGUUACUUUGGCGUAGCAGAAACGAUAACGUUGUUAAUAAAUGGUAUUUUCAAAGAAGUGUAGGUGUAUUGGAUUUAUCAAUAGAUUUGGGUGAUGGCAAUCAAACUAAAAGUAACUUUAACUUAUUCUAUUAUGGUGAACCUAAAUCUACAAACUAUGGAUUUCACAAUUUAGCACGAUUAAAAGAAUAUGCUAAACAUAUCAGAGACAUCCAUCCAAGUUGGGAUAAGUGA